UAAAGCUUUGAGAUCUUGCCUUCUUCUGUCAAAUUCACUUCCAUGCUCUCAAAUUACUCUGUUCUCUCUACUCUGUUUUUUUGGGUAACUCUCAAUAAACUAGGGUUCUGGUCUGGAUUAAAAGACGAGGAUGACCUUGAUCCAUCAACCUCAUGAAAUGUAGAGAGAGAGAGAGGUCAAGGGCUUCUCGUUUACUGGCCUCCUCCGUUGAUCGGUUGAUGUAAUUCUAUCAAGUUUAAGGAAUUUUUUUAGUCAAAGGGUUUCUCGUUUACCGGCCUCUCUAUAUAAAAACAAAAUGAAAAAUCGAAAGAAAAAAAAUCUCAUCUCAUCAUUCUCAGAAAAAGAGAUGAACUAAAAAGGAAGAAAGAGAAAAACAAUAGGAAAAGGGCGGCCUAAACAGUGCCCUUGUUCGAUUCGACCUUGUCGUGUUCUCUCUCUCUCUCUCUCUCUCUCUAUUUCUUCUCUUUCUCGGUCUCUCUGAAGCUCCGUAGCCUCGAGGAUGUCUUGGCUUUCAAUUUCACUCCCAAAUCCCUUCAAAUCGCAGGAAUCGGAUGAAGAGGAUGCAGUAAAUAAAGAAGAAAAGGUUGCAGGAGAAGAAGAAGAGAGCUCUUCUCAUGUCGGGGGAGUGAAAGAGGACUUAUCAGAGCUUGGCAAAACCAUUGGCCGACAGCUAUGGGGUGUGGCGUCCUUCCUCGCUCCUCCGCCAGUUACCGACUCUUCCUCCGACGCCGCUGAAUCCUCCGAUUCUUCUUCCCAGACGUUUCUUGGCAUUCGUAAUGAUUUUGCAGAGAUCAGUGGUAGCUUCAGAUCGGGGCUUUCUCUGCUGUCUACCAAUAAGGCUGUUAAUGAGAUCUCUAAGUUAGCCUCGAAUCUGUUACAGCUUAAGGAAGAUGAAGAGGGCGGAGAUGGAGAUGAGUCUUCUGGGGAGGAUCAUGGGGGUGGUGAUGGUGAUGGCAUUGUUGGGGUUACGGAUGAGGUUUUGGAGUUCGCUCAAGAGAUGUCCAUGAGACCAGAAUUCUGGGUUGAUUUCCCGUUGUCGAUCAGUAACGAUUUCAAUAUGUCUGAUAUUCAAAGAGAGCAUGCUUCAACUGUUGAACACUUCACACCAAGCUUGGCAGCUCUUAGGACUAGGCUUUGCCCAAGUCAUAUGAAUGAGGGCCACUUUUGGAUGAUCUAUUUCAUUAUGUUGUACCCAAGGAUCAAUGAGGAUGACCGCAGACUUCUAUCAACAGCCCAGAUUGUGGAAACAAGAGAGAGGCUAUUGCAGGAGCUUCAGGCUAGGAAGAAUACACAAUUAGAAAACCCAAAAAAUGAUGAUUCUCAUGUAGAGGUGAGUAAUGAGGGUUGUACCAUCCAAGAAGAGAACAACGAAGUUCAGGAAAAGGAGUCUCUGGCUGAGACUGCAAAUGCAGCACUCCAGGUAGACACUGAUGAACAGGAGAAUGUUGAACAAUGGUUAGAAGAAGAUGAUGGAACAGGCACUUCUGUUGAUGCCCCGAAACAGCUUGGAAAUGAGGAAGAUGUCUCUUUCAGUGAUCUAGAGGAUGAUGAUGAUGACAAUGAUGUUCCUAGAAGACAACCCAGUUCAAGUUCGAUACAGGUUGUGGGAGCUUCUUCCCCAAAAAGCUCAAGUGAAUGGAUUCAACUGAAUGAUAAUUCUGGCACUCAGGGUAGCAGGAAAAAUGCAGUCCGACUAACUUCCCAUGAGAAAGAUUCAGAAGGUGAAUCCAGUGACUGGCUUAAUGUUGAUGAUUUUGAUUGAGUCAGUACUGGGACAGCUUCUGUUGCCAAGUUUAUGUAAAGUUCUAUGCCGUGAAACUACCUUUCAAUAUGCAAAAUAAACCCCUGCUUUUAAAUUAAUAAUCAAUAGAUAUCCACGUUAUCAAUCACCAUUGUUACUGUGAUGGGUCUCACCAUCGUUGUCCUUUGCCACAUCUGUUUAUUGUGUGUAUAUUUUGAUCCUCUGGUCGUCAUGGCUGAAACAUGAAGCCUGAAAGGAAAUUGCCAUUGUUUGAUGAACACUCCAUGAGAUAUAUAAAUGUAGAUAAUUUGCUACUGA